AUGGGCGGCCGCAAAAGAGGUCGAAAGUCCUCCCGUGGCAAAAGCCGGGGCAGAGGCCACGCCAAAGCCCGGUUCCACGCUGCUCUGGAAGACGCCUCGCACGACCUGGGUCCGCCAGAGUUCCAGAGCGCGAGGGAAGACACUGAGGUGGCAUGGGGGCAGCCUGGCGCGGGUGGGGGCGGCUCGAAGGCGGCGGCUCCGGCCCCGCCUAAGGCUGCGGGCCCAGAUGCCUGCCGGGUGCCCUUGGACCACAGCCUGGCGCUCCGGGCCAGGGCCCCGGGCAGCUGCAGCUUCGCGCUCAGGGCUCUGCCCGCGGGGGACCGCGUGGUGCCGACCACCAAGCCCAGCCCAGUCCGGGCCAUGUCUUGCUUGGAGCGCCUGACCGCAGACACCGUCUUCGUGGGAACUGUGGGAACCGUGGCGAGGCUGAAAAAUGGCCCCCGCGCCGCCCCCCGGCGGGGCCCUUCUGGAAAGAAGGUGCCAGAAAAGAGCCUCAGCUCGGCGGGCAGGCCGCCGCAGGGCGCCGCUGGUGGGCACCCCAAGAAAGAGGCGGCCGGGAAGUGUACCCCCGGCUCGGUGGGGGAAGAAAGGAAAAUGGUGGAGGCGCCUUCGGGGUCGGGGCCCCUAGCGACCAAAGGCAGCAUGGACAGCCUGGAGACGGUCCAGCUGAAGCUGGAGGCCCUGAGCGUGCGGGCCAACCGGAUCUACCUCAAGCUCUCACGCAAGUUCGGGCAGCAGCGACUGCCCUUCGUGGAGCGCCGCAAUGAGCUCAUCAAGAAGAUCCCAGGCUUUUGGCGGCAAGCGUUCCAAAAGCACCCCCAGCUCUCGGCCUUUCUCAGUGGCCAAGAUAAAGAGGUGCUAAGCUAUCUGAAUAGCUUGGAAGUGGAGGAGCUUGGCCUCGCUCGAUUGGGCUACAAAAUCAAAUUCUACUUUGGCCCUAACCCCUAUUUCCAAAAUAAGGUGCUCAUCAAGGAAUAUGGAUGUGGGCUCUCCAAUCAGGUGGUUGCUCGUUCUACUCCUAUCCAGUGGCUCCCAGGGCACGAUCUGUACUCCAUGACUCAGGGAAACCCAGAAAAGAGCGGGAGCUUCUUCGGGUGGUUUGUAAACCAGACUUCUAUUGAGUCUGACAAGAUUGUUGAGAUCAUCAACGAGGAACUAUGGCCCAAUCCUCUGAAAUACUACCUUCUGAGUGAAAGAGCCCAUGGAGAGAAAGCAAAGGCAGGCAGGCCAGGCCCAGCAAAGCACCCAGGGGAGACCCCUGCACCUAGGGCAAAACCGGCCAAUUGA